CGGCGGUGGUGGGAGCGGCGGCUGCAGGAGCAGCAGCAGCGGCGGGUACCCCGUGUCCCGCGUCCCUAAGGCAGUCAACUGCUCCACCCCCGUCCCCGCACGGCCGGGCGGGACCCGCGCCACCAGCUCGGACCUCGGCUGUCCCACGGCGACUAAAAAUCUUUUGGCCCAGCCGCGGUGACUACUCCAGACUCGCCUGCGGAGUUUGCUGGUUCAAGAAGGAGGCCGAGCGGCGGAGCGUACUUCUCUCCACCAUCUCGUAGAUGUCGUCCAUCGCGUCGUGAGAGAACUUUGCAGGGGGGCUGGAGCGUCCUUUGCAGAGAGGCAGGCGUAGGAAAGGAAAGAAAGACGACCGAGGAGGAAAGGUCCGGAACGGCCAGGUCGGCCGUGCGGGACCAGUGCGCUCGGGGCGCUACGCCCUGAUGCGCCCCGGGCUCGCGGAGCAGCGGGAGGCUUCGGGACUGCCUUCCAUGGAGUAGCCCCGUCGGGCCAGGAGGGUUUGUGCAACCGCGGAGAACAUCGAGUGCUGGUCGCACGGGGCGUGCCGAGCCGCCUCCCGGCGCGCCCUCCGCACUUUCCCCCCUUCGUCAUCCUUCGCUCCCCGGCCCGGAGCCUCCGCUGCGGCUUCUCUCUCUCUCUCCCCGCCGCGUUUUGGAUCCCGCGGGGGUCGGUCCCGAAACCACUGGGUUUGUUUGUGUGGGGUUAGUCAGGCCGCCGCUCCACCUGCACCUCGCCAGCCGCCGCCACGGGGAACACCCAGCGGGGAAGCAAACCAAGGGUAUAGCGAAGAAAAGCUGCCCGCUAGGAUUUGUUUGCCCAGGACGGGCGCUGCGCACGUCCACCGCCGAGGGGAGUGCUGCGGAGGCACCUCGCCCCCACCGCCCGCCCCGGAGACUGAGGCUCGCGUGUUGGAGUGGAGUCCCGAGCGCCGGCGUCGCGGCUCAGGUUCUUGGAGUAUCUGGGCCUGGGGCGCCCUGAGAUGUGGCCCUGAGGGCAGGAGCCGGCACCGACGGUAGCAGGAGCAGAAGUCGGGGGCGCGAGUGGCCGCUGCGUGGGGCCGAGCGCGCCUGUGUGCGUGGCCUGCGCGUCCCCUGGAUUCCGCGCUUUUGCUUAGUUCCCGGCUUAAUUUUCCUCGGCGGGAUUAAAGUUGGAAAUUGAGCGAAGAAUUGAAUUGCCGGGGAGCAGAGCCGCGGCCGCCGCCAGAGCGAUGUUCCCGCAGAGCCGGCACCCGACGCCGCACCAGGCUGCAGGCCAGCCCUUCAAGUUCACUAUCCCGGAAUCCCUGGACCGGAUUAAAGAGGAAUUCCAGUUCCUGCAGGCACAGUAUCACAGCCUUAAAUUGGAAUGUGAGAAACUGGCAAGUGAAAAGACAGAAAUGCAGAGGCACUAUGUGAUGUACUAUGAAAUGUCAUAUGGAUUAAACAUUGAAAUGCAUAAACAGACCGAAAUCGCCAAGAGAUUGAAUACGAUUUGUGCACAAGUCAUCCCAUUUCUGUCUCAGGAACAUCAACAACAGGUGGCCCAGGCUGUCGAACGUGCCAAACAGGUGACCAUGGCAGAGCUGAAUGCCAUCAUCGGGGUACGUGGCCUACCAGGUCUACCUCCUACACAGCAGCAGUUGCAAGCCCAGCAUCUUUCUCACGGCCACGGACCCCCAGUGCCCCUAACGCCUCACCCUUCGGGACUUCAGCCUCCUGGAAUCCCGCCCCUCGGGGGUAGUGCUGGCCUUCUCGCGCUGUCUAGUGCUCUGAGUGGGCAGUCUCACUUGGCAAUAAAAGAUGACAAGAAGCACCACGAUGCCGAGCACCACAGAGACAGAGAGCCGGGCACAAGUAAUUCCCUCCUGGUCCCAGACAGUCUAAGAGGCACAGAUAAACGCAGAAAUGGGCCUGAAUUUUCCAACGACAUCAAGAAAAGGAAGGUGGAUGAUAAGGACUCCAGCCAUUAUGACAGUGAUGGUGACAAAAGUGAUGACAACUUAGUUGUGGAUGUGUCUAAUGAGGACCCUUCUUCUCCACGAGCAAGUCCUGCCCAUUCGCCUCGGGAAAACGGAAUUGACAAAAACCGCCUGCUAAAGAAAGAUGCUUCUAGCAGCCCAGCUUCCACUGCCUCCUCGGGAAGUUCUGCUUCUUUGAAAUCCAAAGAAAUGAGCUUGCAUGAAAAAGCCAGCACGCCUGUUCUGAAAUCCAGCACACCAACGCCUCGGAGCGACAUGCCAACGCCAGGCACCAGCGCCACUCCAGGACUCCGUCCAGGCCUCGGCAAGCCUCCAGCCGUGGACCCCCUCGUUAACCAAGCGGGAUUGGGUUUUCAUUUGGAAUUGGUACCAGGGAAUGGAAAGUUCGGACUGAAGGAGAAAUCUUGGAUUUUAUCAAGAAAAUCUUCUUUUGAGAUUAAGUCAGCAGCCGGUUUGAGGACACCCCUGGCAGUUCCUGGCCCGUACCCCGCUCCUUUUGGGAUGGUCCCCCAUGCAGGCAUGAAUGGCGAGCUGACCAGCCCCGGUGCCGCGUAUGCCAGUUUGCACAACAUGUCUCCCCAGAUGAGCGCUGCCGCGGCCGCGGCUGCCGUGGUGGCCUACGGGCGCUCCCCGAUGGUGGGGUUUGACCCUCCCCCUCACAUGAGAGUUCCUGCCAUCCCUCCAAACCUGGCGGGGAUCCCUGGGGGGAAGCCUGCAUACUCCUUCCACGUCACUGCAGAUGGUCAGAUGCAGCCUGUCCCUUUUCCUCCCGACGCCCUCAUUGGACCCGGAAUCCCCCGACACGCUCGCCAGAUCAACACUCUCAACCACGGAGAAGUGGUGUGUGCAGUGACCAUCAGCAACCCCACGAGACACGUGUACACGGGUGGGAAGGGCUGCGUCAAGGUCUGGGACAUCAGCCACCCUGGCAAUAAGAGUCCUGUCUCUCAGCUCGACUGUCUGAACAGAGACAACUACAUCCGUUCCUGUAAAUUGCUCCCUGAUGGCUGCACUCUCAUAGUUGGAGGGGAAGCCAGCACUCUGUCCAUUUGGGACCUGGCGGCUCCAACCCCACGCAUCAAGGCAGAGCUGACAUCCUCAGCCCCCGCCUGCUAUGCCCUGGCCAUCAGCCCCGACUCCAAGGUCUGCUUCUCGUGCUGCAGUGACGGCAAUAUCGCUGUGUGGGAUCUGCACAACCAGACGCUGGUGAGGCAAUUCCAGGGCCACACAGACGGAGCCAGCUGUAUUGACAUUUCCAAUGAUGGCACCAAGCUCUGGACAGGCGGCCUGGACAACACGGUCAGGUCCUGGGACCUGCGUGAGGGCCGGCAGCUGCAACAGCACGACUUCACCUCCCAGAUCUUCUCCCUGGGAUACUGCCCCACCGGGGAGUGGCUGGCCGUGGGCAUGGAGAGCAGCAAUGUGGAGGUGCUGCACGUGAACAAGCCUGACAAGUACCAGCUGCACCUCCACGAGAGCUGUGUGCUGUCCCUGAAAUUCGCUUAUUGUGGUAAAUGGUUUGUGAGUACUGGAAAAGAUAACCUCCUCAAUGCCUGGCGGACCCCCUAUGGAGCCAGCAUAUUCCAGUCCAAAGAGUCCUCGUCGGUGCUGAGCUGUGACAUCUCUGUGGAUGAUAAGUACAUCGUCACUGGCUCAGGGGACAAGAAGGCUACAGUCUAUGAAGUCAUCUACUGAAAACAUUAUGUGGUUUAACAUUUAUAGUUGAAUUGGGCCAAAAUGUUUUGAAUUUGUAGAAAUAGAAAAGUUGUAACUUUAAAAGAAAAAAAAAACACAUAGAAAAACCUGUUUCCAAACCUUGACACAAAACUACUUUGAGUCUACAAAGACUUGUCAACAAGUACAUCAGCAGAAGGUCACCUGUCUACCUAGACCAGAUGGAGCGCCGAGGCCAAGCGGACAGAGGGCCAAGGGUUGUGGGGUGGAGGGACGGCAUCCGCUGACCUGUGUCAGAGCCCGUUCUUCCCAGGUGAUCUGUCGAUCAUGCCUUGCCCGAGUGUGAGAUUACCUUUCUGUUCCUUGCAGUUCACCUCACGUUCUGUCCUUUGUAGAGCAGUGGUGUCUCCAAUGAACUUGUUUCCUGGUUUUGCAUCUUGUGAAAUGUUUUUUUGUAUUUUUGUUGAAGGUUAAACAUUUGUAUAAAUUGUAAAUAUAUUUGGUUUAUUACAGUAAAGGCUUUAGUACCAAUAA